GUUAGCAACAAUGCUAGCGACUGCCAGAAAAGAUACUGAGCAAAAAUAGAGGAAAAUAUCUAAAGCAGUUUUCCUAUCGGUCCAGUAAUAGUAUAGAAGACACUCCGUACGUUUGGGCGAACCCGUAUCCUAUCCAAACUAGUCCAAGUAGAUUUUCAGAUAUGUCAACGUAGACGCGCGUAUGAUUUUGAAUUAAUUCUACUAACUGUCUGUUGGUUGAUCUACCGAAAUAGAACACUAGUCGAAGAAAAGUCGUUUAGCACUGAUUUUUUAUCGAAGAGAAAUUCCUGCUUUGUUUUACCGUUUUGUCAGUGUAUUCAAUCAUAGCAUCCACAGUCCGCGUUGACUAUACGAUGCCAGAAGACUAACUCAUAGCCACAUAUACAUCAAACAGAGUAGCAGCAAAACAAGCGUGUUAAAUGAGGAGAAAAAUGAAAAGGUAAAUCUGUGGUUAAGUAUCACAAGUUGUCACGUUCAUUCUCGCCUUACGUUCGAUUGUGCGCAAUGAAAGUACGCAGAGCCAUACCAACCUCUGAAAACUCUGCGCUACAGAGGACGAUGCUGUCAGAGUCACUAUGUUUUUGUUCUUAUUCAUUCUUCCCCUGUUCACCACCCUCGUUCAACGCCCAACUUAAAUUCUGUUAGCGUCGUUCGUCAAAUGUGAGCGCCGGUCUACCUGCCUUUCUGAUCCUCCAGUGCCCGCCAACAUCAGCAUCAUCACCAGCCCUCUCGAGUGAUGCUGUUCUGUGCGGAGGGAGUGUACAAACUGCCUUCGUACGUUCCGACAAUUCGACGGCUAGAUAAGGAGACGGACAGACAACGAGUGGGACCAGACAGCUGAAGGAUCGACGAAAAAUUCCUGCUAGACAUGUCACCAUGUGCCGCCGUGAGUUGUCACCAUCCGAAAUGGUUCGCAGGCUGCAGAGUAGGGAAAGAUGGCAGGUGCACGCACCCAAUCCGUUUAUCACUGAACUGCUGCCGGGGAGGCUGAGACGGUUGCGGCGGCGGUUGUUCCGCGUGCAGUCGCCGAUUCAUCGUUGUUACCGUCGUUGUCGUGGCUGCAGCUGUUGAUGUUGUCGUUUGGCUCUUCCGAGCGUCGUUCGACCGAUAGUAUCGCGCUGACACACAGAAAGGAGUUGAUGCUGGCUGAUGACGGGUGGCGAUCAUCAUGGCGAUGAUGAUCGUUAUGGUGAUGAAAGUAUUGCUGAUGAUGGCGAUGAUUGUCGCAUCGGCAGUAUUGUUGGCGAGGGCGUGCAAGGGACCUUACGCUCUCAUACCAGCCUUGUGCUCAAACGAUGUUAUAAAGACGGAAAAAUCGUUGGCAGACAGGAACUACUGCGGGAAGUUCACUCUAACAAUAGACGAGGGGGAAAGAGGUCAGCGCGGUGGGUCAUUUCCCAGCGGAAAUCACCGAGUUGUGAAGACUUGCGGGGGCAGACGGGCCGCACACAUGGAAUUGCUUUAAAGCUUCACACAUCGAAGCUACCUCGUGGAACACCACGAGCGUUAAACUCCUCUGUGGUAAAGUAGUUGAUGCUAGAAUUGCUAGAUACUCGGGCCGUUUGUUACCGAAAAAACCGAUGAAAAACCGAACAAGAUUCGUGAUCUGGUGUUAGCUCAAGCAAUGAUUUGAAGUGAUAAGAUUGCUUUGCAGGGCAGUGUAGGCUGGUGUAGAUGAUGACAUAUCGUAUAUGUUAUUUGGGCAACUGGGUCGCGCCGAUUUUAAUUAUCAUUAACGGAAACGUCGGAGUAAUGGUUUGUUGCUGAUAUCCCUAUGAACACCGUAGAGUAAAUACAGGGGCAUUAAAAUUCAGGUGUGCAACAUUGUGCAGUCUCAUACAAGAAUCAGGAGACGCGAGCUGACAAAAAGCGGAUAGAAAAUGUCCAGUUAGCCAUGCGAUCUUCCGCGUCUAUUCUGACCAUUUUCCUUUCCUGUGCAUUAAUUUACUGCAGCACCUUAUGGGCAUUCAGCCACUGCCAAUAUUUUUCUAAGGAUGAUAAUUAUCCUGGUGAGCCCGCUCAUAGUAGCAACAUACUAUAUACGCCAUAUGGAAUUAUCAGCGGUCGGACAUCGCUUGUUCGUGGAAUGGCGGUGCAGAAAUAUUUGGGCAUUCCAUACGCCCAGCCGCCCUUGAAGAAGCUGCGCUUCAAGAAGCCCAGGCCAUUGCCGUGGAAGAAAUCUCGUUAUAUUCAAGCUACAUCGAUGGGCCCAUCCUGUCCUCAGACAUCGUACUAUUUCGACGAGCUUCGAAAUAACAAAGAUCUUCACGUUAACGAAGAUUGCCUGUACUUGAAUGUGUGGACGGCCCAACUGAAGCCACCGCAACCCGUUCUCGUGCUCAUACAUGGCGGCUUUUUUACACAUGGAGGCAGCGAGUCACCCGCCCUUGAUAUGAGCCAGUUAACUAUUCGAGGCGUUGUCUGCGUAUCGUUCAACUAUCGACUGAAUGCGUUUGGUUUUCUUUACGCUGGCACCCCGCGAGCUUCGGGCAACAUGGGUCUCUACGACCAGCAAUUGGCAUUACAAUGGAUCAAGAAACAUAUAGGAUACUUUGGAGGAGAUCCUAAUCGCAUUACAGUUAUUGGACAAGGAGCUGGCGCUGUCGCUGCAGCCUACCAACUACUUAACCCCGUUAGCCAGAAGCUAUUCAAACGGGUAAUUCUCCAAUCCGGUAAUCCGUUUUCUAUUAUGGGCCUCAACCAACGUUCUGUCGCGUCGACGCGAACGCACACGAUCGCUAAGCGUCUAGGCUGCUCGAAAGAAUACAGCACCCCCCAUAAUGUAAUAUCGUGCAUUCUGUCUAAGGACGCCGGACAAAUUUCCAAGGCCGCUGAACUAGAGUUCACGCGUGGACAGCUUUCACUGAUGCCACUCAUUGAAACGGAAAGCCUUCUCAAGAAAAGCAAACAAAUGAAAAACGUCGAAGUACUAAUGGGCUUUGCCAAAAAUGAGUUUGCCGAUUCACUGUUCUAUGCGGGGUAUUUUGACGCUGGAGAGGACAUUCUGCCGGGCGAUGUCAAAUAUCUUGUCGGCCUCUUCUACGGUACGUUCUUUCGAGCAAACGCAGUUCCCGUCCUUCGGUACUACUUCCGCGACGCCGUAAACUCAACCGAACUGAUACGAUCUGGGGGUCAUGCUAUCUCCGAUGGAUUGCUCAUAUGUCCAGGGAACGAAUUUGCGGAGGAGUUAGCUAACCUUGGCGCCAAAGUCUAUUAUUACUCAUUCGACCACGAGUCAGCAUUUACUCGCAAAGAAUUUGGAGUAACUUCCGCCGAGGAAGCUUUAUAUUCAUUGGGAUCCCUCCAUGGCAUUAUGGGUGCACGACUAGGACCCUCGUUGAAAGACCUUCAAUUCGCCGAUGACAUGUUGGAUCUGAUCGCCACUUUUGUGUACUACGGACGGGCGUACUCGCCAAAAGCAAAUACAGACUGGCCUACCUAUAGUGCGGAAAGGCCGUACAUUGCAAACCUCAAGCAGAACAUCACGAUCGGAUACGGACCCCGCGCGGACGAGUGCAACUUUUGGUCAUACUUUUGGAAUAACUACGAUGCCUCAGUGGGCCGAAGAUACUCGCACGUCAUUCUCGGAUAAAGUCAACCUCAGAAUAAUCUGGAUUAAACGCGGUACAAGAUGGUUCAUUAUGGCAGCUCUCAUAAUCUAGUAUAUACUUUAAAUUAUAUCUACGCAUAUUUAUGAAAAUAAAUUGUCGUUCUAGGUACCUUGA